AUGCAAAAACCUGGCCAUCAGAAAUGCAGUCCCAAUGCCCUUGCCAUGAGGUGUGGAUGUGAUGGAUUAUGGUGGUGUUUCGGCGGGAGAGGAGCAUUCCAGCGACGGCAUGCCUCAGUUGCUGCUGCAGAAAAGAAAGUUUACCAGAGGGAUAAAAUCCAUUGCAAUGUGGGGACCAUUGGCCAUGUGGACCAUGGGAAGACCACUCUCACUGCUGCCAUCACGAAAGUCCUAGCCGACAAGAAGAUGGCCAAGGCAAAGAAGUACGAGGACAUAGACAAUGCCCCAGAGGAAAAGAAGCGAGGUAUCACCAUCAAUGUGGCCCACAUUGAGUAUUCCACUGAGAACAGGCACUAUGGACACACUGACUGUCCCGGUCAUGCUGACUAUAUCAAGAACAUGAUCACGGGAACGUCGCAGAUGGAUGGAGCCAUUCUUGUUGUUGCAGCCACGGAUGGCACCAUGCCCCAGACCAGGGAACAUCUCCUCCUUGCCAAGCAGAUUGGGAUCUCACACAUUGUUAUAUACAUCAACAAGGUUGAUGCAGCUGAUAAGGAAAUGGUUGACUUGGUGGAGAUGGAGAUUCGAGAGCUCAUGUCUGAAAUGGGAUAUGAUGGAGAUAACAUCCCUGUCAUCAAGGGCUCUGCUCUCUGUGCACUUGAGGGGAGGAAUCCUGAAAUCGGGGCAAAUUCCAUAAUUGAGCUGAUGGAAGCAGUCGACAAACAUAUCCCCAACCCCGUCCGAGACCUGGACAAACCCUUCAUGCUGCCCAUUGAAACUGUGUAUUCUAUUCAAGGGCGUGGAACGGUUGUCACCGGCCGUGUGGAAACCGGUCGGGUGAAGAAAGGUCAGGAGGUGGAAAUAGUUGGGUAUGGGAAGAGAACGAAGACUGCCAUCACUGGUCUGGAGAUGUUCCAUCAGAUCCUGGAGGAGGGGCAGGCGGGAGACCAGCUGGGGGCCCUGGUCCGGGGACUGAAGAGGGACGAGCUGAAGCGGGGGAUGGCCCUGGCGAAGCCGGGGACGGCGCAGAUGAACGACAACGUCGAGGCUCAGGUGUACAUCCUGUCGAAGGAGGAAGGGGGGCGAACCCGUCCCUUCACGUCCAUGGUGCAACUCAUGAUGUUCAGUCGCACGUGGGACUGCCCGGCGUACGUUACCAUCCCGGACAAGGACAUGAUCAUGCCGGGUGAAGACGCGAAGAUCGUGCUGAGGAUGAUCCGCCCGAUGGUGCUGGAGCAGGGGUCACGCUUCACGCUGCGGGAGGGGAAGACGACGCUGGGGACCGGGGUCGUGACCCGGGUCCUGCCUCCCCUCUCGACCCAGGAGCGGGAGCGCCUCCAGCUCAGCCGGAAGAACAGGGAGAAGGCGGAGGCGAAGGACGCGAAGUCCGGGUGAGGCCCGCGAGGAAGGGCGAGGAAGGUUCGAUAGUGAUGGGUCGCGGAUGUAUGCUCCUCGCGGGGUGGUUCGCCCUUUUGCUGCGAUCGUUUGUGUCUUGUCUAUCUGAAAGAAAACUUGGUUUCUGUUAAAGGUAUUUUGUAGCUUUCACCCCCGAUUCUGAUUUGUAGCUUGUGCG